CAGCUGAGAUGUGUGUAAAUGAAACAGAAGCAGAAAAGCACAGUAACUGUACAGUUGAGGAACAGUGUUCUUCUCCUACAGUUGCUCCUUUUUCCAAUAUUACUGGGUCUCCUUCCAAUACUACCAUGUCACCUUCCAAUAGUACCACAGAGUCUUUCAAUACAACCACCGCCAGUUCUGCUACCACAGCUCUCACUACUAUAGCUAACAUCACAAAUGCAACUACACUUGCUCCUCUACCUACAACUGCCAUUGCUUCAACUACCACGACACCCAGUACUCCAGGUGCAAAUGCUACUGUGACUCCUGCACCUGCUGUACGCAAAUCUACGUUUGAUGCUGCGAGUUUCAUAGGUGGGAUUGUUCUCGUUCUGGGCCUGCAGGCUGUUGUGUUCUUUCUGUACAAAUUCUGCAAGUCAAAAGACCGAAACUAUCACACACUUUAGGACCUGCCACUUUACAAUGGACUAGUAGCCCAACACCUGUAGUUCACUGAACCAAAAUAUUUUCUGUUGCUCCUGGAAGACAGCAGUUCAUUAUAUCCUUUAAAUCUCUUAAAGAAGACUUUAAAAGAAUAUUUUUGCAACAUUAUAUUUGGCAAAGAGGUGAUACAAAUCUCUUCAACGGGAUUACCUGCAAUAUGGCGCAUGGGUUCUAAUGGCUGUCUUAUUUUCCUUUAGUGGCUGCUGCUGUGGGACUUUUUUUUGAUAUGCCAAAUGUAGAUGUUCAGAGAUUCUUAUUCAGUGGCAACACUGUCUUGAGUAGACAAUCUCAUGAUGACUUAUUGUGAAGGCUAAUUUCAUCAACAUUUGAUACAGUAUCCCUUCAGUUUUAUCAAGAUGAGAAUUAUUGGUGACUUCAGGGAGU